AUGUUCUUGUGUAGAUUUCAGACAGAACAGAAAAUAGAAAAGCAAAGGAAAGCAGCAACUGCAGAUCGAUCGCAGAGGAAACUACGGGAAUAUCUUCAUGAAGGUCCAACAGGAGCUGGAUGCUGUAAAAGAGUAUUUCCGAAGGCAGAUGGUCUGAAAAAUAUGUAUCCCGGUUUGAAAGAAUUUGAAGGGGGUGAGAGAGAAUGACUGAAUGAGCUAUUGUUCAGAUGACACAAAAUUACGGCUGGUGCAAUUAAACAACCCAAAAAGAUUCAAUACCACAUUGAAUGGAAUUUGUUUGCACUGAUUCAUCCGAUGGCACAAUCACAUCCGGUGGCUACUCACAUGGUUGCUGAUGAGCACUUUGUGUUGCAUUGGGCAGACAAUUUGCCACUUGAUUCCGGUGCUCCAUUGCUAUGUGUUUUGAUCACAACUUGCAACCGAACAAAAAAUGUCACAUCCGUCACUCACCUAGUUAUUAUUAUCUAUGAAUUGUGCUUUAUUAAAUUUAGAGUAGCUUUAUACGUAUUUAGUAGGUGUGAUCCGUGUAUUUUAUGAGUUUUAUUAAAGAAGUUAAUAUAAAUUGUUAAGAAUU